UCGUGACUUGUGUCAGCUGACUGCGGUGAAAAAUAACAGCAGGUCGAGUCAGUCGUCGAGUCCGAGUCGCUGUUUCUUUUGUGUACUAACUAGUCUUCCAUCAUGGCGAGUCAGUCUCAGGGCAUCCAGCAGCUGCUGCAGGCGGAGAAGAGAGCCGCCGAGAAGGUGGCGGAAGCCCGUAAACGUAAAAACCGUCGUCUGAAGCAAGCCAAGGAAGAAGCUCAAGCUGAGAUCGAACAAUAUCGACUCCAGAGAGACAAAGAGUUUAAGACGAAAGAGGCGGCGGCCCUGGGUUCCCAUGGCAACAGCGCUGUGGAAGUGGACCGGGACACGGUCGAGCGCAUGGGUCGUAUCCAAGCCAGUUACCGUGGUAACCGGGAGGCGGUCCUGGGUGACCUACUGCGCCGCGUGUGCGAGAUCAAACCCGAAUUCCACGCUAACUAUCGCGUAGCUGGCUAGUAUGAUAACGAGGUGGCGGUGGCACUGUUAGCAUUCCUGGCUUGAUGUUGAUUGUUUUGUGCUGUGUUUGUUGAUGUUAAUAAAUAUUUCAAUGUGGUCUUGCUCAUUUUAGUCCGGCACCUAUUUAUGUACAAACAAAUAUAUUUAAGUUUUCAUGUAUUUUUUUUUUCCUGUAUUUGAGUGGCUGCUGAUCAUUAAGGUGAUUAUGUGAACUUGUGAUUUCCCGUAAGUGUAAUAGUUAAAUGUGAAUAAGAACACAAGCUGUGGCAGUCACAUAACACGUCACCUGAUGGAAAUAAAUAACUUAACAUUU